AUGUCAGAUGAGCUGUUGGUGAAAUGCUCUAUCCACCUUGAUGGUGUUCCCCUGAAAGAUACGGUCAUUCAAGUGCGGACACGGCUUCUGCAACACAUGCAUCGAAAACCUUUUCCAAGCCGGACCUCCGCCUUUCAAAUGUCCUGUCGCAAGCAUAUCCAGCGCAAGGAUGCAUUUCAAAUAUUCUUAAACCCUCACCAAUCACUCACACAACCUGGCACACAAUCUCCCCGUAGAGAUUCGGGUGUCGAUAUUGAUUUUACACUUUCCGACGAUGCGGAUUCGACUAUUGAGCGCGUCUCUAGCCUCCGCAAGAAAACCCCAACGCUUGGAUAA